AUGGCCAGUAAAAUUGCCAUGACAUCUCUGGACGCAGGCUUAUCCCUGAUUUCAACUAUCGGCAAUGGAUCCUUCAUCGCAAUUUUUGUCCGUUUCAAGAAUCUUCGCAAUUUUCCAAAUAUUCUCCUUGCCAAUCUCGCCGCGGUAGAUUUUCUAAACGCAGUCAUCAAUGUUCCGAUGCAUACCCUAAACUACGUCUGGAAAUCCAGCUGGAUGAAAGGCAAAACACCCGCCGUCAUUUUAAGCUCAUUGCAACUUGAAUUUGCUUUGCUUAACAUGGUUUCCAUGUUUGCAAUUAUGCUGGACAGAUUCUUGGCCUUGUACCUUGAUCUCAAGUACUAUACUUGGAAGACAACAAGAAAAGCCUAUGCAGCUGUGGUCCUAAUUUGGCUGAUCUGUACCGUACACGUUGCCUUAUCUACGAUUCCUUUGCUGAAAAUGGACAUGGAAGCUGACACGACGCUGGGGAAGUCUCGGGAGAAAAUUUUCCAACAGAGAAAAGGGAUGAUCGCGUCUACGAUGGCUUUCUUUAUUGCAGCCUCGACAGCCUUUGGAGUCUUGACGGUAUACGCGAUUUACCAGAAUAAGAGAAAGGUAGGAAAAAACCUCAUUGACCAAUAUUAACUAUUUUGACAACUAAAAUGCAUGUGCUGUGGUAUUGCGAGCAGCUUUGAGCGAAUUUAUGUGGUGUUUUUUCAGACCGUUCGGUUUGCUCUCAAAAAAGGGAAAAACCUAUAAAUUGCAUGCAUGAGCAAAAUCAAAGCACUAGAGAGAUUAAUUAAGAGCCACAUUUACUGGAAUCAGCAAACGGUCAGAUUCAAGCUUAGAAUUUCUCAGAAUAGACAAUAAGCUGAUAAAAACUGUGAAACUACUAUUUAUUUUAUGAGUAGAAGUAAUCAGUGAAACAGUAAACGAAGGGCGGAAGGGCGGAAAACUUGGUCUUAUGGUACAAAUUCACGUUUUUUUGGCGUAAACGUGAUUCUUAAUCUCUCUAGUGAUAAAAUAGAACAAGUUAGUGGUCUUAGAGUUAAUACACGAUAUUUUUUAAUGAACAGGAAUUUACACCGUCAGCGUUGGACGCAAAGAGAAUACCAGACGCGAAAGAGUGUUCCUUCAUCCUGUUUGAGUUUCCCUCAUACGUCUUUAAUUAUUAGUGUAACAAUAUAAGGCUCUUAAUGCUUCAUAUACUGAUAUGAGGAAAAAUGAUUGACUGUUCUCGGGAUAUUGAAGACGAAGUUUCAACUACCAAAAUUUCCACCAGAUCAAAGCUGGCAAACUGGAUGAAAGGCAAAGCAAAAUUUGUUCCCAUCCUUAAAAAUAAGAGCAAGAAAUUAAAUUGAUGACCAUCCGAUGUGCAAGUGGCCGAAAUUAAAGGCUGCCCCCUUUGAGAUCUUGGGUGUUUCUUCCUUUUUGCCAUCCAGCAAAUACAGGCACGCCUUCGAUGCCGUCCCCCACUUUUUAGGCACGGCGGAUCAAUGUCUCUGUGAAUGAAGUAGGGUUAGAUACCAACCUUACACCCACCAAACAAUCAGCCCAAUUUAGGAAGAGGAAAAAAUGGUUACAAGAUCUGAUGUCGUAAGCAACACGUUUACGGCUUCCACGAAGAUAAAUAUUACGCUCAGUUGUGGAACAAGCGCAUGAAUUUUCAUCAAAAGUAGAAACAGACUACUUUAAAAAAAGCAAUAUUUAAGAUUCACUGGCAAAAGUGGUGGAUUACCGUAUUUACAAGAAUAAUCACCACCUCCGAUAAAACCGCCCCGCCCCGCCCCCGGGAUUAAUUCCGCAUUUGGGACAAAAAGUUAACGCGUCAAGCGUUGCGGCCUCGACAUAAUCAAAAUCAAAUUAAGAACAUGUUAAACCCGUCUUCUGUAGUUUAAUACGGAUAAUAAUGAUAAUAUCGCAGUUGAGACAAUUCUUUGUCGCGUUAAACUUUUUUUUAAAUAAACUCCGCCCAUAAUUAAAGGCGUGAAAAGUUAAAUAAGCGCCGCGGAGCUUAUUUGAGUAAAUAUGGUUGCCCUACUAACGCAUGAAUUCACGUUUUUUUUUUUUCAGCAAUUAGCAUUAGCACUCAAUGUCAUACCGAUUUAAAAAUUCCAAAAAGUACCCAUAAAAGUUUUAAUUAGUACGAUUAUUUUUUUCUUGGGAUCUCAAAUAGAGGCAAACCAGACCUUGGAGAAUCCAGUGCUUAGAUAUUAACUGAGUACCAUUUUGAGCUACUUUAAAACCCGAAAGAAAAUAAAUGGAGGAACAAAUGAGCGAAAGAAUAAAAGGAUUUAUGAGUUCCUCAGGCCAUGCAAAAAUACUUAUCUACUUUCUCUUUUGGCAAUAGAGAAAGCAGUUGAAUUUACCUGCUCUCCAAGCAGAAGGACGGAUAAAGCAGGAUAUUAAAGCCGCCGUAACAGUUGCCAUGGCCGUGAUGACGUACUUUAUCUGCUACGUACCAGCAAUUGUCUUUGUAUUCUGGAGCCGUAACGCCGAUAUCUUGUACAAUGAUUGGAUUGCAUUCCUGGCCAGUUUCUGUACGUUUAUUUCAAGCGCUUCCAAUCCAAUCAUCUACGUACUGCGAAACAAAAGAUACCGCAAUGCCAUCAGGCAGUUGGUAAAAGAUCCUUUGGGGAGCAGCCUGUUUCUAGAGAUGCCAGUCAAAAAUAGAGGGAAGAAGCAAAGAAAACCAGGGAGUGCACCAAGGAAGAUAGAAAGCGAAGAACAAGGGGCACGUCCAAUAUUUGAGAUAGAGCAUAAGAAAGAGGGUGGAGAUCAUCUGAAUGAAGUGUCAUGUCAAAUGGUCCUGGCUGACAAAAUAGUGAAAAUAGCUUGGAAGGAAAAUGAAGAGCGAAGCUGCUCUGAUCAGGCCUGUCAGAAUCUUGGUUUAAAGUUGGAAGAAGCCGAAGAUCAAGAUGACAGCUCACCAGCUGCAGACGGUGAUUUGGUUGAAGAUAAAAAUAUUUAA